ACGGUGCGGUUCGUCACACAUUUUUUCUCUCUGUCGUGUUUCACUCUGUAUCAAUUUUUCUGUUAUUUAUUAUGAACUUUAUGAAUCGAUUCUGCGUGCCGUUCCCUGUGUAAUCUACCUGUAUGUGUACCGUUACUAAUCACCGCUAAGCAGUCUACUACCAGUCUCGUGUGUGUACUAUUCUAUUGCUACUAUUGCUACUACCACUACUACAACUACCAGCACGUAAAACUACGUCGAUCUAACGCAAUAGUCGUAACAUUUGUUGAUUUUCGCUAUUCUGUCGUAUCUCCGCGCGCGCUCCUCUACCGAAUCAAAGGAAAUUAAUCGAAUCCCAGCAAUAAGUCGAACGGGGAUUCAGAGUGCAAUUGUGGAUCUAGAGUAGCAGAAGGCAACUGUGCAAAAGUGAGAGCAGGUGAAGUUUUAGUUGGAUUAAACGAUCACACACACGCAGGAAACAGGAGCUGCGGAAAAGCAGUCACACAUUUUUCGGUUAAUUCGAUGUGCAUCAAGGCAGUUUCCGGUCCGGUUCGACGGAUCCGUUGCGGUUUGGUUCGUCCAAAGUUCAGGCCUCGGUCACUCUGUGGCUAGGGCGCCUCCCUUCCGCUACCUACUAAAUGGACUGAAUGAAUCUCGUGGUCCGUUACUUCCGGUGUUUUUCGGUUAUGCCAGUGUGUCGUCAGUAAAUCUCAAGUACACUUCCGGUGUGUCUUUUCGGUUUCAUUUGCUAUGUUCAGGGCCACGAGAUGAAGAUUUUGCUACAGUUCUACUCUACUACUAAACACUACUGUGUGCUACUACUGAAACUCUUGGAUACGUAACUCUCCGAAUGUGAAUCUCUGCCGCGAAACUGUGAACUCUGGAUUUUCCGUUAAACCGUUUCGUCUGUGUACGUGUCCGUGUGCGUAUGUGUGUCUGCAUCAAAGUGAGCUUUCCGGUUCUGAUUUCGGUUUCGGUUGGAAUCUAACAAAACAGACUCGUAAAACUAUAUCUGUGAGUGCUUGAACUGUUGUUGUCUGCAGAACUUCAUCCGCUCCGAGGCAUCCGCUGGGAGAUCUAUGCUGGGGACGCCGGGAACAGCCCCAGAACGAAGAAAACGGAAUAAAGUUUUUGGUAUCUGUGUCACGUCCGAAAAUAAAAUUUAUUCCAUCCCACAAGAAGCCCCGACCCGACCCUGUCAGCCCUGCACACCCGCAGACGUAUCUCCGACCGCUCUGAGUGUGUAUCUCUCGCACGCGAAAAACCAGAAAAGCCCCAAAAGCGAGAAAAACUAUCGAUUUUCCUCGAGACCGGCUGCCUGCGCUUCGCGCUGCAACAUUUCCUCUGACAUUGUUCUGUAUCCAAGUCCCAAACAAAAAAAAAAGUUACUCCCGGUUCUGACCCCGGGUCUUCGCCACCAGAAUAAACCCUGCGGGCCCAGGGAAAACAUGAAUUGACUUUUCGCGACCCUCCCUGCUUCAAGCAAACGAAACAAACAAGUACCUGAUUAUACUACCCUUUUCGUCGUGUCGACCGCCCCAAUCCAGUGACAAUGCCUCGUUGUUUGAUGGCGAAGAAAUGGAAGGCCUAUCCGUGGCCCGAUCGGGUCGAGGAAACUCCAGAAGCAACAACCACAGCAACAAGCCCAGCAGCAUCAUCCGCCUCGCCUUCGCCACCACCACCUCCACCGGUGGUGGUCGAAGUCCUGGAGGAGGACGAGGAAAUAGACGUCGUUGGGGAUUCACCGGCGGCUGCCGCUUCCAAAAGUUCGUCCGGUCCGACCUCUUCGCCGUCGUCGACUUCAUCGAACGGAACCAGUGCUACGACGGCUGCUGCCACCUGUUGGGGUCCCUCGUCGCCCACGGCUGGUGCCACGGCACCCAGUCCACCACCGCACUCACCGGAGGCGGCCACUCGGGAUGCUUCCUCGACCAUGCUCUACAACGGUUACACCCAGGACAUCACACACCACUUCACCGCCUACCUGCCAAAGCUGGAACAUGACGGUGGCUACCACCAGCAGCAGCCGCAGCAGCAGACAACGACGACGCACUACAUCCUGCCUCCAACUCCAACGUCUCCGCCUCGAUCCCCAGAAGAUCCCCAUCGGAGUCCCUCCCACGGUAGUCCUUCCUCCGUGAGGAAGCAUCUUUUCAGCAGUUCCGGAACGGCACUUUCGCUACCCCCGAAGAAGAAGGACAUCUACCGACCGUACUCGCUGGAUGAUAGGCCCCGGAACUACGAGAUACGGAUCCCAGCCGAGGAGGAUCUGCAUGCAGCGCAUGCGAUACUGGAUCUUAGUGCAUCGACGGCGUUCCUUCCACCUCCGGCCCCGCAUCAACUUCUGCAGCAUCAGUCGCAGCAGAUGAUGCAGCAGGAAGAUAGACUGCACACCGUGCCUAGUUCGUUGGGAUCACCGGAGCAGAAUGAGAAUAAGAAUAGCACAAAUACCCUCGACGACGAUAAACCCUGCAAGACAGUAGCCUAUACAUACGAGGCAUUCUUCGUGAGCGACGGCCGGUCGAAGAAGAAGGUCAGCGACCCGAAGAUAGUUCUGGAAACCAAAGCCAAAUACACCUGCACCGAGUGUGGCAAGCAGUACGCUACCUCGAGUAACCUAUCACGGCACAAACAAACGCACCGAAGUCUCGAUUCCCAAUCGGCAAAAAAGUGUAUGACCUGUGGCAAGGCAUACGUUUCUAUGCCAGCCUUGGCCAUGCACGUCCUAACGCACAAACUAUCUCACAGCUGCGGUGUCUGCGGAAAGCUGUUCUCGAGGCCUUGGCUGCUACAAGGUCAUCUGAGGUCACACACCGGGGAAAAGCCCUACGGAUGCGCUCACUGCGGAAAGGCCUUUGCCGAUCGGUCGAAUCUGAGAGCCCACAUGCAGACACACUCCAUAGAUAAGAACUACCAGUGCCAACGGUGUCAUAAGACCUUUGCGCUGAAGUCAUACCUCAACAAACAUCUGGAGUCAGCGUGCUUCAAGGAGGAUCCCAGCCUCGGACCUCCACCGGUGCUAGGACCAAACCAUGGCCUGGACGAUAUGGACGACGACAACCAUCACAUGCUGAUGGCUGGAUCGUCGCUUGUGGAAAAAAUCGGAACGAAGGUGCUGGUUAAGAGGGAGAACAACAACGACGAAGCUUUAAAUCAAAACUUUGCCACCCUAGCGGCGGCAGCAGCAGCGGCCAGCAGUGGGGUCUCUACGAGCAAUAUACUUGUGAUGAAGAACGUUGCCAGCAGUUUGCUGGCGAGUAGCAAUAGCCUAAGCAAUAGUGGUCCAUCUCCGUCACGGACCACCACCAUCCUGACAACGAACCCGGCGGCUGUCCUGGGAGCGGUCAACGGUACCACGGCCAUCCUCACCACGGGCAGCCAUCCAGUCCACAUAAACGUCAACUUUAGCGGGUAACCGAUAGUGGAUGCGGCCACCCUGGCCGCCACCAAGGAGUAUCGUAUUAUUUUAAACUAGACAAGGCCAAGUUCGAUUCUGAGUGUUCCGCACCUCCCUCGGACAGCUGUGCAAACGCUUACAAGGUAGUAGGUUCGGAGGGAUGUGUGCGGGAUCAGUUUGUAAGUAACGUUUCCACUUUUAAAACGAGCAACCUUUCCGUUUUCCGUUUCAAUUUAAUCCUAUAGUUCUACAACUACUAUACAAGCAAUCCUUAAAAACCAACACUAAUAAACAUACACUUGAAACAUCUGAAACAAGAAACGAAACGAAACGUCAAAUGAACAAGUAUUUACACACAUGAAACCCUUGAAACAAAACAAAAAAAAAAUUAGUCCAUAACAAGUUUAAAAUGCAAGCAAUCCCAAGAGCAAUUAAUCGAUUCAAUUAACCUAUAGCGGUACUACCGACUCAAUUAUUAUGCGUUGGCGGCGAUGGCCGUCUCCUAAUUAGGAACUACCGAUAACACUAUUUAUUGUAAAACCCUAGCUUAUCAUCAAACAAAACAAAAUCUAAGUGAGGUUAUGUUAAACAAACCCAAACAAAAAACAAUCCAAAUGCAAAACAAGCAUACAGCUUAAUUACAGCAUUUCAAACUACCAGCUCUCGAGUAUCGCUCGCUUGACACACUCAUUUUGUUAAGGUUCAAUUUCUGUAACACUAUGACUGAGGGAUGGAGAAGGCAAGAAGAAGCAAGUGAGACACGGAAGCAGAGUUCUUAUCGCGGCCGCUCCCGAAAGAAAGGAAAAAAAAAUGGCUCGAAAACACCAACUAAGGAGGAAGUUCACAAGAAUUUUGAGGUUAUCAGCGAAGGCAAUGUCAAAUGUCGCUCCUACUCCCUCGCUGCCACAGAGCGAGGGGGUUUGUUACAUAGCGAGCGUUAUCGGUACCGGUGGAUCGGAAGCCCUGACAAAACGUCAGACGACAGUGUUAACUACGUGGACGCGAAGGUACAGGGGGGCGUGGGUCCUGGUCUGGUAAGUGAAAUGAAGAAAUAAAUAUUAAACCUCUUGGAGUUCGCAGUGCACCUAGUGAUUCCAGGGGAACGGGAAGGUUGGAAGCGUGGGGGUUCAACUGAUAAGUCAGUCAGUUGUUCCCGACCGGAGCGGUGGAGAUGAAGGUGCGAAAGGAGUUGUGUUCCACUGCGCCGCUGGCUGAGGUGACAGGUCUUCACUUUCUCUGUUUAACUUGGCCGAAGGCCUACAGGGCUGGUGGAUGCAACGUGACCCCGGUGUGGGGGGAUUGUUGUUGGUGAUAAGGUGUUGAUCGCAAAAGUGGUGUAUGUAUGGAGUUGAGUAAGCGACGACUGCUCGGGUGUGGAUUCAUAAGAUUUAGGGAGCCGAAUAUUUUAUGCAUUAUUGUCUUUCUCUUGUCUGGACCAGCGUUGUCAGAUAUACCGAUUUAUCGGUAUUUCUACCGAUUUUCAAACUUGAUACCGAUGUACAGAUAAGGUAACUCAGAAUACCGAUUUUUGAGUUUUAAUACCGAUUUAAACCGAUUUUUUUUAAUAAUCAAAAUGAUUACUGCUUGCCCGCGCUGAAACUAUUGUGAGAAACUUUUAUCUUUUUUAAACAUUCAAAUUUUUGAGCCAGCUCUAAAAACAUUUUUUCAUUAAAAAUGUCUUCUGCUUGAUAUUGUUUCUAAUGCUUCCAUUUCCUCGCCUUUUUUGGCUACCAAGGGGCCGAGAAAAAGCUGAUGGCGCAGUGAACAAAUAAAUCCAUCAAAAUGAUAAUUUUUCAACAUCCUGAAAUUUUUCUAAUCUUACCUUCGAAGUUUCUUCCAACUUUCCCUAGCAAUUGUCGGCCACCUUACCCUGUAAGUUAUUUUAGAGGUUAUUUUACAACCACUUUCGGAAAUCUAUUUCGACUUCCCUUGGAAGCUUCUUCUGGCUACCCUUGAAAGGUUCUUUCGUCUUCUCCCUUAUCUUACCAAUCAGGUCUUGAUGUCCUCUGCUGUCCGAAGAAGUCGUCUCCACUCUACACGAUUCAUGGCCACACGUCGUCAGUCUCGUAGUCUACGAAGGGUCCGCAGGUCGCAUUCUACUUCGUCUUCUCGCGUCAGUUUUUUCAACUUCCCCGAAACUUCAGAAUUGCUUCCAGAGAUUUAUUGCGGUUCCAUUAGCUUCAGGAACACUGCAGGAUCUUUUCAGAAUUUCUGAAACUGCAGAAUAGUUCGGACUUUUAGGUUAGUUUAAAGAUAUGUAAGGUUGGUAAGUUCCGAUAAAUUAAAGACAGUUUCAUUAACUGCUGUUAAAAUUCGAGAACCCGGGAAUUUCAGGAAAGUCCAGAGAACUCCCGUGAACUGAAGGAAACAUCUGAAAUAAUUUGGAAACUUCACAAGUCCAAAGAACUACAUAGAAACUUAAUGGUUUUCAUGACACUUUCAUUUGUUUCAGGAGAAUUGAGGUAACCUUAGGAAAGCUCUGAGAACAUCAGGACACACCAAUUCAUGAAAAAAAAUUAACAUUUAAAGGAGUUCCAAGAAACUCAGAGAACUUCCAAAAACUUCAGCAAAGUUUCGAGAGGUUCAUGAAAACUUUGUAAACUUCAAAACAGCCCCAUUUAUUUCUGGAAAAUUGCAAGAAUUUUCAAGGAGUUCCAAGGAAUUAAGGAAUAUUCCGAAGUGCAUUUCAGGAAUGUUCUGAAAACUUCCGAGAAAUUGUGGGAUUUAAGGGAUAUUUUUAAAAAUAUCAGGAAUAUUGCUGGAUCAUUUGAUCAUGUCAGGAACUUCAGGGAAUGUAGCUAACAUCGCCCAGAAAUCAAUUUCUUCCAGAUUUUUUUUCCCUUCUGUUCCUCUGUAAGCCCUCUGGCUUCCGCCUUUUUCCAGAAGUUUCUUUCAAUCUACCUUAGAAAGUUUCUCCCAGUGCCUCCGAAAAGUUUAUUCAUCUUUUACAGGAAGUUCUCCAAGAAGUUUCUUUUAUCCUCUGGAAGUUUCUCCAUAGGUCAUUCUCCGUAGGUUUUUUCUGACUUCUAUUAGAAGGUUUUUCCGAGCUUCUUAUGACUUCCCCUGGAAUUGCUUUCCAAUUUCCAAAACUUUUCUGGUUUCCUCUGGGUGUGUUAUCUGAUUUUUUCCGACAGUUUCUAAAGUUUUCGCCAGAAGUUUCUCAAUAUUUGUCUUGGAAGAUCCUCAUCGGAUGUUUUUUUUUUUAGAAUUUCCUGCAAACUUCCAUCAUAAGAACUUCUUUAUACUUUCUCUGGAAGUUUUUUCGGCAUCAUUAAGAGACUAGUUCAAAUAUUCCCGGAAAUUUCUUCCGACUUACUACUUCGUUCUUAGUCCAAAGGUUUGAAUUGUCGCCUUCAAAAAGGCAAAAAUUUAAAACUAAUUAAAAUAGUGGAUACCGAUAGCUACCGAUUUUUUUAACAUUUGAUACCAAUAAGCUUGAAAACAAUCUGGCAACGCUGGUAUGGACUCUUCAAAAGUGCGGAAUCGCAAAAAAAAAGAAGUGCGCUUUUACUUUGUAUCGUUUUGUUGUCUUUGGGCAUUUUUUUCGUUAUGGAACUACCCUAGAAAAAAAACUCAUAAAACGUCAGAAAAGGUUAGCGAAUUUUAAAAAGAAGACCAAAUGAAUCAUGGGAAUCAUAGAAGAAGUUCAGGAGAACAUUGAAGAAGUUCUGAGAACUUCAGAAAAGUACAAGAAAUUCAACCGACAUCAACAGGGAAGGGGAGUUCAAAGAUACUAUAAUAGGAAAAUUUCAUCAAAAUCAUAUUCUACAUUCACCACUUAUGCGAUCAGAUGAAUGCCAACUACCUCCACUACACGCGCCAGAGAAAAAAAAAAUACACUGAAAAAAACAACGCCAGCAAUUUUCUCAUUAAUCAUUCGCUUUCGAUCCUUCUUCUUCUACCGCCACGCCAUCGUUGUCGUGUCCAGCUCCAUCGUUCUUCCUAACCGUUCUCCAUUGCUACGGUGGAAGCUCGUAACAAGAACGACAACGAGCACACUGACGAUGAUGUGUAACAACGUGGGGUCCCUCCUCUACCCCGGGAACUAUUUAUUAGAGCUUAUUCAAUUAUGUAUUCAUCGUCCGUGUUACAUACGACCAAUCAUAGUUACUCAAAAUUGAGUUGAAUUUAACUCAAUGUUGCAAAAGUGAUGUUACUCAGAGAAGUGAAUUUUUUCUAAAUUUUACAGGGAAUAUUGAGGAAAAUCGAAAGAUAUUUCUCUCAUUCUAUUAGUAUAUAGGAAUUUCCGAAUAGUGCAGUGGGGG